GGGGGAAGCGCGGAAUUUGGGGGGGUCCCAGGGCUUCUGGGCCCCCCUCCUCGCCCCCGACAAGACCCGGCACCGCCCCUCGCCCUCCCCAGAAGAAGCUCCCGCUGUCCGAGACCCCCGAGGGCCCCCGGGAAGGCCCCGGGACCCUCCGGAACCCGCCGAGCGCACCCCGGACGCCAACGGGACACCCCAAAGCGCCGCCCAGCGCUCCCCAGGAUCCUCCCAGACCCCCCUGGACGCCCCCGGAGCCCCCCAGACCCCCCCAAAAUUCUCCCUCGGCCUCCUGCCCCCCGCCCCCCACUCACACGUUCCUAUGGCGACGCGCUGCCUCGCUGGCGCUUCCGGGUGCGUCGCUCUUUGAUGGCGUCACCCGCCGCCGCCGUCCCCGGAAGUGCGUCCGGGCUCUGCGGCGCCGCCGCGCCCACGAUGGCGGCCGGAGCCGCCUCCUCCCGCGCGGCGCGCGGAGAUGACGCCACUUCCGCCCGUUCGAAUGGCCAUGGCGGGAGCCGGCGGCGGGCGGCGUUCGGCGGGAGCGACCCCGAGGGUGACGCGACGCAGCUCCAAGCGCUUGGUGGUCUCGGCGCCCCGGGGCGGCCCCCCCUGGGUACCCCCGCCCCGCAGCCCCCUGGGCAGCCCCGACUUUGACCGACCCCGACGGAGCCCCCGGCUGCAGAGCCAGAAGGAGAACGACCCUGCCCCCCCCUGCGCCGCCCCCUCCCCUCCGCCCUCCCCCCUCCCCUCCCCCGUGGCCCCCCAGGUCCGACGCUCCUACAGCCGCCUGGAGGGGGGGGGCACCCCGCGGGGGCUGGGGGGGGCCCCGCUGAGCCCCCUCUCCCUAAAUGUGCCCCCCGCAGCCCCCCCCGAGCCCCCCCAGAUCCCCCCCCUGGACCUCCCUGGCAUCGGCGGCGGCCCCGAGCGCAGGAGGAAGAAGAAGGUGGCGCCCAUUGAUCUGUCGGAGCUCGAGGCCUGGGCCGCCUCCAUGAACGCACAGUUCGAGGAGGCCGAGAGGUUCCCCCUCGUCGUGGAGUGACCCCGAGACCCCCGGGAGACCCCCGGGAGGGUCUCAUGACCUCUGUGGUCUCCGCACUGGAGAGAUGCCGGGGGACCCUCACGGGACCCUCGGGACCGGGGGGUCCCUGUGCAAGGACCCCCCGUGCACAGCCCCUCCCCCGCCCUGUGGGACCCUGAGGGGAGACCCCCGUGGGAGGGGCCCCCCCGAUGUGCCAGGGCCCCCCCGAUGUGUGGGACCCCCCCCAGGAGCUGUAAGCCCCCCCCCCCGCCCCCGUUUGUUACUCAUUAAACGAGUUUUUGUCGUGUG